AUGAAGAUCUCCAGUUCUUUCAUCCAGGCCACAGGCCUUCUAUUGUCUCUUGGUGCCGUGGCAGAUGCUAGAUCUGUCACCCCGGCGGCCAAGGGAUACUCGCGAACUGAAGCAUGCAAGCCACACCACCCAUUCAAGCCUUUCCCACCCAGUCAACCGCGUACAAAGACAUGUCACGUAUCCAGCCAUGGGGAUGGACGUGACGAUGCCAAGUAUAUUCUUUCGGCGCUGAAGGAGUGUAACAAUGGUGGCAAGGUUGUGUUUGAUGCUGAAAAGCAUUACACAGUCGGAACAGCUUUGGACAUGACCUUCCUUAAGAAUGUGGAUCUCGACAUCCAGGGCUAUAUCCAGUUCACCAAUGACACUGAUUACUGGCAGGCAAAUGCUUUCAAGCAGGUCUACCAGAAUGCCACCACCUUCUUCCAGCUGGGUGGAGAAGACGUCAAUGUCUACGGUGGUGGUACGCUCGAUGGCAAUGGCCAGGUCUGGUAUGAUCUCUAUGCUGAGAAUGCUCUUAUCUUGAGACCUGUUCUGUUCGGAGUUAUUGGACUAAAUGGUGGUACUAUUGGUCCGUUGAAUCUUCGCUACUCACCUCAGUGGUACAAUUUCAUUGCCAACUCCACGAAUGUGCUGUACGAUGGAAUCGAUAUCGCGGGGUACAGUAAGGACUCUAUUGUCGCUAAGAAUACUGAUGGAUGGGAUAUCUAUCGUUCGUCCAACAUUGUCAUCCAGGACUCAGUUAUCAACAAUGGCGACGACUGUGUCUCCUUCAAGCCUAAUGUCACCGACAUUAUUGUUCAGAAUCUCCACUGCAACGGUUCCCACGGUAUCUCCGUUGGAUCAUUGGGCCAAUACGUGGGCGAAGUCGACAUUGUCGAGAACGUUCUUGUCUACAAUAUCUCGAUGUUCAAUGCAUCUGACGGUGCUCGUAUCAAAGUUUGGCCUGGUGUUUCUUCUGCUUUGUCUGAAGAUCUCCAAGGUGGUGGUGGCUCAGGCAUGGUGAAGAACAUCACCUAUGACACCAUGUAUAUUGACAACGUCGACUACGCCAUCGAGGUCACCCAAUGCUACGGACAAAGCAACCUGACUCUUUGCAAUGAGUUCCCUAGCAAUCUCACCAUCUCCGAUGUGACCUUCAAGAACAUUCAUGGCACAACUUCAGGCAAAUACAAUCCUGUCGUUGGAACCUUCGUUUGCUCCAGCCCAGACGUUUGCUCCGAUAUCUACGUAUCCGACAUUGCUGUCACUAACCCAACAGGAGGUGAUUAUGACGCAUUCACUUGCACGAAUGUUGACGAUACGCUUUUGGCAGUCAACUGCACUUCGAGCUAA